CUAAUGAGAUAUUCACAUUCCGCUUCGUGAAACCUUCAGUUUCGCGUUUUCUUCAUUGGUAUGCCGAACGAAACCGACUGCCAAGAAAUGGCAAUAGUCGCGACAUCAUCGUUUCUCAGAGCAGUUCUACUCAUCGCUGUACUUCUAUGCAUUAUGUGCAUCCCUAUUUCUAUUUAUUCACUCUGGAGAAUCUACUUUUCCGUUAAACUUCACUUUAACAGCAAAAUCGUACUGUUCACCAACAAUACAUUUGUCUUAAUUCACUGCCUUGCACGAAUAGUCUUACACGGAAAAGACCUGCUGAACUAUUUUGACAAUUGGAGUUCCGGCUGUGAUAUACUUCCUUCUAGAGCAAGAUGUCAUGUUAGAUUUAUAUAUCGAUUUGGAGAGUAUAUAAUUGAAAUCAGCCCAUUUAUUUUAUUAAUUGAAAGGUUCAUAGCGACUUUUAAAGCUGAUAGCUAUGAAAAUCGGCGGAAACUUUAUGGAAUCAUAUUUUUCAUCACUCAUAUAUCCAUAGCUAUCAUGUUUCUGUACUUUGACACCGACUUUACGGGAGGCGCCAUUAUGAUUUUCUUCUGUUGGACAUCAACUUCGGCGAACAGAUUGUCAGUUAACAUACCAACUUUCUUUAUAUUUUUUACACAACUCGCUACAAUACCCGGUCUACUGUAUUUGUUGCGGAAAAACGAGGAACUUCGAGCUUCUUCUUUGCACAAGCACAGCACACUAACUGAACGAUAUCAAAUCUCGGAGAAUCUGCGAACAUCGACAAUGUUUCGGAUAAUGAGUGUGGUUACUUGGGUGUAUGUGGCAUACAAAGCUAUAGGAUCAUAUAUGAUGUAUUUCAUAGAAAGUGUAUUAUUACCAGAUCUAUUUGCAAUUACUGAAGUAAUCCAUUGCCUUCCCUUAUAUUAUAUCAUUCUCGCUGCUCUGAUAACUCGUGUCGACAGGAAACCUCGUAGUGAAUUCAAAGUGAACAACUACGAAACACAUCACUUUGUGGAGCUGCAUAAAUUCUUUGAUGGAGCAUUCGAAAGAAAACAACAAGUCGGACCAAUGGGCCAGAAAAACAAGAUUGUACCUUAAAAAACUAGAAGUUUGUGGUAGUGAAUAAAUGAUGUUCUUCA